AUGGCAACCGUUUUGAGACGUAUUGGAGCUCGUCCAUUCCUGCGAGCAUCGCGGUCUCUUCCGUCAUUCCAGUCGUGUUUCCACGCGCGCGCGACCGAGUAUCUUCAGAAUCAUGACCCUGACCUAUCGGAGUCUCAGCGAACGGUACGAGAGGCAAUCGCUAGGAUCUGCUCGGAUUUCCCUGACGAGUACUGGGCGCGUUUGGAUGAGUUGCAUCAAUUCCCGACCGAGCUCUAUGAGGCAUUGGCACGACAGGGCUGGCUGGGCAUUUGCUUGCCGCAGCGAUAUGGAGGCUCUGAGCUCGGCAUCUCCGAAGCAGCGGUGAUGAUGCAAACUAUUGCAGAGUCCGGGGGAGGCAUGACGGGUGCCUCAUCCAUACACAUGAAUAUCUUCGGCCUCGAGCCCGUCGCCAAGUUUGGCACCGGCGAGCAGAAAGAACGCUGGCUUGUUCCACUCAUCGCGGGUCGUCAACGGGCGUGUUUCGGCGUCACAGAGCCCAACACCGGCUUGGAUACGCUGCAAUUACAGGCCACUGCACGUCGAUCGGGGGACGAUUAUCUCCUUUCGGGACAGAAAGUCUGGAUAUCUACUGCUCAAAAGGCGGACAAGAUCCUCAUUCUCGUGCGUACAGCCCCACGCGACCGAGAGAAGCCAUCCCAGGGACUCUCGCUCUUCUACACAGAUCUACAAGUGCCCGAAGUCCAGAUCACCGAGAUCCCCAAGAUGGGUCGGGCUGCUGUUGACACUAAUUCGCUGUUCUUUGACAACUGGCGUGUCCCAAUGAGGGAUCGUGUCGGCCAGGAACAUGAAGGGUUUCGAAUGAUUCUGCAUGGGAUGAAUGCCGAAAGAAUCCUCAUCGGCGCAGAGGCUCUCGGUCUAGGGUUCGCCGCGUUGCGUCGAGCAUCCUUAUAUGCCAAAGACCGACAUGUAUUCGGGCGCCCUAUUGGUCAGAAUCAGGGCAUUCAGCACCCCCUCGCAGACAGCUGGAUGAAACUGGAGGCUGCCCGAAUGAUGAUCUACCAGGCUGCUCAACUAUAUGACCAGGGAUACACCGGCGGUGAGUAUGCCAACGCUGGAAAGUAUCUCGCUGCAGAGGCGGCGUUUGAGGCUUGCGAACGAGCCAUUUUAGCCCAUGGAGGGAUGGGUUAUGCGAAAGAAUAUCACGUUGAACGAUAUCUUAGAGAAGUCUUUAUUCCUCGCAUUGCCCCAGUGAGUCGGGAAAUGAUCUUGAACUACAUCGGAGAGCGCAUGCUUGGUCUUCCCAAGUCAUACUAA